AUGGUGACUCUGGUGGUGGCGACGACAGCAGACCCAGCGUCGGUGGGGCCGGCGUCGGCGCUGCUGGCCAUGCCAGGGUGGCACCUAGGGCCUUCCCUGGAGGUGAGCGGCGCCGCCUCUGGGUCGAUCGUCGUCGGCAACGGCAGCGGCGGCUUGAUUCGUGGACUUAUGAAGUUUGUUCGAUGGGUGAACAGGGGGGAGAGGGCGGCAUGGCGAGCUACACAAAGGGCGGGGUGAGGCUGCUGCAGCACGGGAACAGCAUCGUGGCGGAAGACGAUCUGGACCGCCGCUGGGAGGAGGCCAUGGGAGAGAAAGUGGAGGAGGUUAUCUUCCUCAGCAGGCACGCCGCCGUCACCAACCGGCCCGCGCUCACCGUCCACCCCAUCGGUGAGGGUUCCUCGGUCGGUGUUCCUCCCUCCUCUCCUUUUCCGGUUCGGCUCUGCCUGAUUCGGUCGUUUUCUCUUCCAUGCACAAGGUGUCCCACAUUUGCGGGAGGACGAAGUUCCCCUCCAGGGCGGGCGGCCUGGGUGGGCAAGUCUGCCGAAUCCCAGGAUGGGUCCAUGGAUUAGGCUGCUGAAGAGGAUCGCCGACGCUCACGGCCUCACCCCGGAGUUUGAGGUAUGCAUUAUGACGAGCGAGAUCAUUCUCUGAAAAAUUCGAAAGUCGUUCAUUGAAAAUGCCUAUCAGUUGAGUUCUUUCUCUUCCUCUGGGACAGCUAGUAUCUUACGAGUAAGAAUGCUCUUUGGACGGGAAGGUUUUGUUAAGAUGUGAGGCGUUGACCUAGUGGUGUUCUUGCCGGGGCCUGUGAGGGGAGAUUGGAAAAAAAAAAUUCCGUUGAUUGCCUUUUGAACAGAUGAAAAUUUUAUGAGCAUCUGUGGAGGACUUUCUCCGCGAGUUGAGUUCGGCGGGCAGUGAUGUAGAUUAGAGAACCGCUUGGAUGUUUCCUUUCCAGUUCUCUUGGGUGCAGAUUUUCGAUCAUUAACCCUCAACCCUACCCUGAAUCACAUCAUGUCGGUGUGGCUGAAUCCCAAUAAAUUAUUUACGCUGAUGUCAAUCCUAUGUACCAUGCCCCAGAAUAUGUUCGAUUUCCGAAUUCUAAAACUUGAGUCCUUCAAUUGUCCUUCCUGUUACGAAAUUUCUUCUUUCGUACUGUGUUCUGGGAGUGCAGUUUACUAUCAUUCUCUAUUAUGUUUGAAAUUUUUGGGUUGUAUUGUUUCUCCAGAAAGUAUGGUUUUUCUGCAAUCUCUUAAAUUGUAUCUGAUGUAAACAGGUUACCUUGGAGGCGACUCAUCAUGGUCCUGUGGUGAAUACACCAACAAUGUUCGUUGAGAUCGGUAAUUAUUUUCUUUGUCAUCUCAUUGACAAAGCUACUGGGCAUUUGAUUUUUGCUUCUUGCGGGUUUUUUGUAUUGCUUGAGAUGGGUAAUAAUGAACCAUAUCUAUCACAAGUUUCUAACUAAAUUCGGCUAUGUUUAUUGAAUUUUGAUCAAAAUUUGUUCGACUUCAGGCAUGCCUUUUGUUUUCUCCAUCACCAGAAGAAGAUUUUAAUAUAUCAUCUUGCGUUUGUUCGAUUUGAAACAACAGAAUUAUGUCUCUGCAUUAUAAAUGGGAUUUGAUGUCAGGGUGAAAAAAAUAUUGUCAGAACCUUGAUGUCUAGUCUUCCGGAUUCUAAGCUGAACCGAGCCUAGUUAGAUGUGUUUUAUCCAUAUAGUGCCAGAUAUGUAACUCGAAUUCAUUCCUUCCUUUUCUAGGAAGCACUGAAGAAUACUGGGGGAGGCAAGAUGCUGCUCAAGUCAUUGCUCUAGUUCAGUAUCUUUUGAAGUGUGUAGCUUUAUUUUGUUUGAUUACUCAGAUGGGAUUGUAUUUACUGCCUGCUUGCAUCAAAAUUCUUCUUUUUUGAUUUCAUUCCGGGCUUGGGAAUGCUAUUUAUUUAUUUCCUGUGUCACUACUACCUGUCCCUGAAGGAUGGCUGAACAAAUUAUGAGCACAGAAUUCAUGUCAGCGUUAUUGGAUUGAGCACAUUGGAGGAAAAUAAGUAUUUAUAUUUUUUUCAACUCUAAAAAAUUGUGUUGAGCGUUCAUAGUUUUCUGUGAGGACAUUUGUACUUUUAUUUUAAAAAACUCGUAUGAGCAUGUGUUAAAAGCCUGAAAAAAUGAUGCAUGAGGGAUUUAUAGUGACUUACUUUGUGAUUGCACCCAAUCCGGAAUUAAUUUUGAUGCUCAACCUUUCUGGGGUAAUAUGCAAAAAGGAGUUCUGAAUGCUAUAUGAAAAUGUGGAGAUGAAUCUCGUUAGAUGGAUAAACUGGCAAAGAAAUUGGAGAUCUGUUUUUUCUUUUUUAAAAUUUUAGGUUUUCUCUGUUGAAAAAUAUUUCCGUUUUUCAAACCAAAGAUGAGUUUCAGAUUGUAAGAAAAUAAGAGGAAAAAUAAUAUCUUCAUCAUCCACGAUCUGACGUCCAAUUUGCAAGUAUAUAUGUGUAUGCCUUAAAAACCAUCUAUUUUGAAUACCUUAUUCAAAAGAAGAAAAGAAAAGAAAAAUAUGGUUCCAUUUCUCUGAAGAGAGUCUGUCCCAUUUGAUUACCAUUCCGUGCGAAAAUUCUUUCAACUAAUUCAAUACCUUCUGUCUGUUCCUCAUUUUUCACCUGUACAUAAUUAUUCUCUUCGUAAACUUACACUUAUGUUCUUGACAGUUGUUGUGGGAAGGGCUUGGGCUUGAUGGAGGUGGUGGCCUUGGACAUUGGGACAGGUACAGAGAAGCUCUGCUCAACUAAUCGAUGCGUCAAGCAAUACCCGAGGAAAUCAUUGUUUACAUGCUCAUAAACAGUGCUCUAAAGCUUAUAACUUGCCUGUUUUCAACAUUUUUGGAGCUGAUAAGCUAAAGAUAGACAUAUAUUAAGAAAUAGGCCUGGGAAAAAAAAAAUCAUUAUCCAAAAACCUACAGAUCAGAUUUUUUUUAGUAUUCUUAAGUCAAAUUUAUUGCUCAUUUUUUAUAAUAUUUUUGAACAUGUGGCAAAUUUAAACAGAUCCGUUUAGAUCGUUCCAUGAAAACAAAUUAUUUCCAUGAUCUCAAACCGUUAGCUCAGAUUAUUAUUUUUUAAACCCAUGAGACAUUUUUUGUCUUGAUUGCAUUAAUGCAUAAAGUUUAUCUCCUCGUAUUUAUUUUUCUCUCUGUUUACACCCAAAUCCACUUAUUUUUUCAGCGGUGGUGGUGGUGAAACGAGCAGGGUCCUUCUUGGGUUAGGUGGAGGACACUACGUGCCUCGUCACAUGGACAUCGUCGCGUAAGCCAUACUUAUCCGAUUGCCAUUGCCAAUUAUUUCACUCUAUCAUUUCUCCGUUUUUUAUUUUUAAUUCAAUAAAAAUAAAAAAGUCACAGGCAUCAGAGCUCUUCGAUAAAAAUUUCUCUUCUUUUAAUUUACCAUCUUUUUUCAGUUCUUAAAAAUAUUCAAAACCCCUGUUCUAAAAUUACUUGCCACCCUAAAAUAUUCUGAGUUUAUUAUAACGGAGAAUUAAAUCGUUUCCAGCUACUCAUUCAGGGUAUAUGAAACUCUGUGACCGUUUUCUUCACUCCUCCAUUCAUUUCCUAUAAAUAGUAAUAUCUUCUAUCCUGAUGUAGACAUAAAUAGCAAAGAACCCCAAAGAUCCUCUCCACAGCUGCUGCUAAUAAUUUUCCUCGCACAAUUCAAUCUCUCAUGGGGGGUUUUUUUUCUUUUCUUUUUUCUUGCAUCCGAAUAAAAAUAUUUUUAAAAAAAAUUAAAAAAACACAGGAAGGAGGGCGUGUGGGUGGGGCACAUGCUCUCCGGCUACUCUCUACCCAUGGAGGAUCCCAGCAGCCGCAGAAAGAAAGAAGGGGACGGCAGCAGCAACAGAAACAGCAACAGAAGUGCUGUGGAUGAUGGAAUAGGCGGCACAUGGAAAGAAGCCAUCACGACUUCAUUCGCGGCCACGAAGGCUGCCUUCCCCGGCGGCCAAAUCAUCGCUCAUUUGGAUCACAAGUAAGCAAACCCAACCCCAAAUCUCCAAGAUUACAUACAUAAAUAUAUUACACUAGAUUACAUUACCUAUAUUAAAUAUAAAUAUAAAUAUCUAUAUUAAGCUGCAUCACAAUAUAUUUAUAUAUACGGGAGCGUGACGUGGAGGAAGGAGGAAGGAUGGUCCGCUUACGUGGGGUGGGGAAUAUCCGCAGGUCUUUUAAAGGCUGGCAGAAGAACGCCAUUACGAGCUUCCUGGCAGAGCAGAACAUCAGAGUUGGAAAACCGGCGGAUUUCUUCUCAUAA